AUGGCUCCAAAGCAGCCAAAUACUGGCAUUUCUGUGGGUCUUAACAAAGGAAAUGUUGUUACUAAGAAAGAUUUGGUUCCCCGCCCUUCUGAUAGGAAAGGGUUGUUCUCCAAAUUGAAAUCCAUUAGGACUUCUAAUAGAUUUGCUUUUGUUAGAAGCCUUAUCAGGGAAGUAGCUGGUUUUGCACCUUAUGAGAAGAGAAUUACUGAGCUUCUUAAAGUUGGAAAGGACAAGCGUGCUCUUAAGGUAGCCAAGAGGAAGCUGGGCACUCACAAGAGACCAAAGAAGAAGCGUGAAGAGAUGUCCAAUGUUCUCCGCAAAAUGAGGGCUGCUGGAGGUGGUGAAAAGAAGAAAUGA